AUGGCUACUUCUGUUGCAACUCCAAAGAGACACACCAAAUCUCAAUCUACUUAUGCGUUCGACAAUACAGCAACCAAUGUCGCUGCUUCUCAAAUGAGAAAUGCUUUGAACAACUUGGCAGACACUGUGCAAGACCCUGAAGUCAAGAGAAAGUUUGAAAAUGAAAUGGAUAACUUUUUCUCAUUGUUUAGAAGAUACUUGACUGAAAAAGCUUCCGGCACCACCUUGGAUUGGGAGAAAAUCAGAUCGCCAUCCGCUGAUGAGGUUGUCGCUUACUCGAAGCUUGAAGAUGACAAGUCUCAAGCAUCUGCGAAUUUGUCAAAAUUGGCUGUUUUGAAACUCAAUGGUGGUUUGGGUACCUCAAUGGGUUGUGUUGGUCCAAAGUCUGUAAUUGAGGUUAGAGAUGGAAACACAUUUUUGGAUUUGUCUGUUAGACAGAUUGAGCACUUGAACAGGACUUUUGAUGCCGAUGUCCCAUUACUUUUGAUGAACUCAUUCAACACCGAUGCUGACACUGCCAAAAUUAUCAAAAAAUAUCAAGGUCAUAGAAUUAGAGUCAAGACUUUUAACCAAUCCAGAUUCCCAAGAAUAUACAAGGACUCCUUGUUACCAGUUCCAGAGUCUUAUGAUGACUCGCUUGACAGUUGGUACCCUCCUGGACAUGGUGACUUGUUUGAAGCUUUGGUUCAAUCAGGUGAGCUUGACGCAUUGUUGGCUCAAGGUAGGGAAAUUUUGUUUGUAUCAAAUGGUGACAACUUGGGAGCCACUGUUGACAACAAAAUCCUUUCUCAUAUGAUUGAAACUGGCGCCGAGUACAUUAUGGAGUUGACUGAUAAGACAAGAGCCGACGUCAAGGGUGGUACAUUGAUCAACUACCAAGGAGAAGUAAGAUUGUUGGAAAUUGCACAAGUUCCAAAAGAGCACGUUGAAGAGUUCAAGAGUAUCAAAAAAUUCAAGUACUUCAACACCAACAAUUUGUGGAUCAAUUUGAGAGCUAUCAAGAACUUGGUGGAAGCAAAUGCUAUCGAAGCUGAGAUUAUUCCAAACCAAAAAUCAAUCUCCAAGGGUCACUCUGAGAUUAAUGUUUUGCAAUUGGAGACUGCUGUUGGUGCUGCCAUUAGACACUUCAAGGGUGCACAUGGUGUAGUUGUCCCAAGGUCUAGAUUCUUGCCCGUCAAAACCUGCUCAGAUUUGUUGUUGGUCAAAUCAGACUUGUUCUACUUGGAGCAUGGUGCAUUGAAGUUGGAUCCUACAAGGGACGGAUUUUCUAACCCAUUGAUCAAAUUGGGAUCGCAUUUCAAAAAAGUCAGCGGUUUUCAAGCUAGAAUUCCCCAUAUGCCUGGAAUUUUGGAAUUGGACCAUUUGACCAUUACAGGAAAUGUUCAUAUCGGUAAAGGUGUGCAAUUAAAGGGUACCGUAAUCAUUGUUUGUAACGAUGGUGAUAAGAUUGAUAUCCCAAAUGGUUCAAUCUUGGAGAAUGUGGUGGUUACUGGUAACUUGACCCUCUUAGAACAUUAA